CACACACUCACACAGACACAGGCUGGAGGCAGACACACACACACUGGAUGGCAGACUACCACACUGGCAGCGGCAACUAUGAGAGGAGAUAAGUUUCCAGGCUGAGCUGGGCUGGCUAGCAGCCGCUGUCGCAGUCUAACACAGACAACCCAAGCCGGUGGACGUCGACAAAGCUCGACACAGCGCGUGUAUCUGGAGAAGAACCGCCCCGGGACACGGACGGUUUUCGGAUCCGCGGCAGCAGCGAGGGCGGCAGCGGGAGCAGGGCGACCGAGAGACCGAGGGCUUUGGCGGUGGUCCCGCUGCUAGCGAAACAUGAACAAAAACCACCGAGUGCCGAGCAGCCGUUCACUGAGUGCCGUGGAGGUGAAGAGUAAGUUUGGUGCGGAGUUUCGUCGGUUCUCACUGGAUCGGUCGAAACCAGGCCGCUUUGAUGAGUUCUACGGCCUUUUACAGCAUGUGCAUCGCAUCCCCAAUGUGGAGUUGUUGGUGGGUUAUGCUGAUGUGCAUGGUGACCUCUUGCCUAUCAAUAACGAUGACAACUACCACAAGGCCAUCUCCACCGCCAGUCCUCUUCUUCGGUUAUUCCUGCAUAGGAAAGAGGAAGCUGAUUACACGACAUUUGGAACCGACUCUCUGACCAGGAAGAAAAACACAGUGUUAUCGGCGGUACUUCUGCGUCCUGAUGCUAACAAGAAAAAGCCACCGGUCAUCAUCAGCCUCCCAAGGGAUUUCCGUCCCGUCUCCUCCAUCAUCGAUGUGGACAUCCUUCCAGAGACGCAUCGACGCGUCCGCCUGUACAAGCACGGCCAGGAGAAACCUCUGGGCUUCUACAUUCGUGACGGCUCCAGUGUCCGUGUCACGCCGCAGGGUCUGGAGAAGGUACCGGGGAUCUUUAUAUCUCGCAUGGUUCCAGGCGGGCUAGCGGAGAGCACCGGCCUAUUGGCAGUCAACGACGAGGUUCUUGAGGUGAACGGUAUCGAGGUGGCUGGGAAGUCUCUGGACCAGGUGACGGACAUGAUGAUCGCCAACAGCCACAACCUCAUCAUCACUGUCAAGCCAGCAAAUCAGCGGAACAAUGUGGUUCGCAGCGGAGGAGGAGGUGGAGGAGGUGCAGCGUCCGGCAGCUCAGGACGUUCAUCGGACAGCGGCGCCAGCUACUACGGCUACUCGUCUCCUGGUGGGGUCGGCGCUGCAGCCUCCAUGCCAACACACAUUAUCCAGAACUUCCCCGUCGGGGAGAUCGAAAGCGACGAGGAGGACGAGGAUCUGGUGAUUGAGGUGGGUGGGGAGGCCGAGCCCAUCAGACGCACCGGUUCCAAUUACAGCAUGCCCUCGCUGCCUCGGUACGAGCCGCACCUCAACCUUCGUUCCGCCACCACCUCAACCCUGUCUGUCAACGCCAACGGGACCCUGCCAGCGAGCGCCAGCAGCGGAUCGCUCAGUAACGCCAAUGCCACAUCGACCACUCCGUCACCUGACAGAGCAAUGGAGAGGCGGAGUCUGGAGGAGGACGGCACUGUUAUUACUCUAUAAAAUCUGGGUUUCUGAACACUAAACAUUGGACCCAGAGCAACACAAACACUUCCACACACCCUGAGGUGAGUCUGACAGCGAAAUAGGGCCAUUGUAAGCAAAAAAAAAGGUGGGAAUAACAUUGAAAUGGUCUGACAUUGAUUUAGGAGUUUUCCAAAAAGAAAAAACACAUUCUCCAAGGUUGUAAAAUCGUAAAUUUGCAAGAACAUCAACUUAAGUUACAAGAAAAAAAGAGCAUUAAAUGGUCACAAAACUCACAAACUUGCAAAUGAAAUGUCAUCGGAAAUUAUAAAGUCAGAAACUUGCAAGAAAAACACAUUAUUAGAAAAACUGACUGUACUGAUACAUCACUGCUGAUCAAUACUGAGCACUGUUAAAACUGCUACUUGCAAAUACAUAAACUGUUUCAUGUGCAAACACUUCAUCUCUCCUCAGGAGUGUGAAUGAAAACACAAGAGUGUUAAUGCCAAAACAUUUGGACCAUUAAUCCAAUGUUUACUGAAUCAUGUCAACAUUAUUUAAAGACUUAAUUAUCUUGUGUUUUGCUGCUGAAUUAUUUGCAGCAUCUGUGAGUAUUUCUUUGCAAAUUUCUGACCUUAUAAUAUCUAUGAAUAUCCUGGAUUUUAAUGCUUUUCUUUCAGCUACAAUGUCCUUAAUAUGCUGUCGUUGGUGAAUCAUGGACCUCAAGCACAUGAAAUCCGUACAGAGACUGAACGGGAAAAGCACAAAUGUCCUAUACAUUUAAUCUCACACGAAACACAGCGUCCUGUACCUUCGCUCUUCUACACGCCAAUGACCACGCAUGUGUGCCAUAGCCACACCCCUUCAGCUCUGCAGGCAUGGGAGUGUCACCUUUUCACAUCCCUCUCCUGCCUUUACACCUUUUUCAAAAAACCACUACGAGCACUUGUUUGUGAUACUCUGAGCUUCCACUGGAGGGCAGCGAAAUGUGACGCCCCAUGCUUUUGUUUUUGUCACUCCUUGGAACAGCUGGUUGAGUAAACAAUAAGCCCCCCCCCUUCCCCACGACACACAUAUAAAAGUAGGAUUCUAGCUUCUGCUCUUAAUGACAAUCUGAGGGUGUUUAUUGGCCUUGUCCCCGCGCCCCCUUCCCCUAAGAGACGUCAGCAUGUGAUUGAUGAACAGUUGCGGUACAUUCCACAAUAAUCAACCAAGUGCUUGGAUCUGCAAUAAUACUGUAGCUUUUUAUUUAAGGAGAAACCACAUUAAUAAAACGAAAAAAAAAAAAAAACAAUUCUGGGUCUGGUCCAGAUGCUUUUAACCACUUUUCCCAGCUGUUUUUCCUCUCUUUCCGUCAUGAGAGGUUGAUCGUUUUAGCCAUUGUUAGAAGCAACUUGUCUUCUGAAAACCCCUUUAAUGCUUUUUUUUUUAAUUGGUUUUACCUCUUUUCUUUUUUCAUACUUGCGAGAAGUUGCUUUUUGCUGUAUAUGACCAGUUUCCAUCUGUCCAGUGGGGGGAUGCAAAACACUAACCCAUGAAAUUACCUGGGAAUGAGACAAGACGCCGUCAAAUGAUUUUUUUCUCAUUUUCCUUCAUGUUGCAUUCCCUCUACUUUUUCAUGACAAGGGCUAUUUCCCCUGCUGCAUGUGUACAAAUGGCAUAAUGUGAAUGUGAUUUCAUUUUUGUUUUUUUGUUUAUUUUCUUUUACAUCCCUUUCCGGUUCUUCUCAGACCAGUAUGUAAUCUCAGUGCUGUACAGUACAUUCAUCUCUCUGACUUCACUUGGAUGUGUCCUCAGACAUUCACAUAUGAAAAGUGAUCUCUUUAGUAUUUUCGCACCAUUUCCUCAUCUUGCAUUUUUAAUUCAAUGACUGACAGAUUGUGGCGGAAUGUGACACUGACUAUUAACUGUGUUCAGAAUAGAUGUGAAAUGUGGGCCGAGGGCUGGAAUUGUACAUCAGUAGAGAACAAAACCACAAGGAUGUGAGUUUAUUAAAAAGAAAAAAAAUGAGACGGCGACAAAAGACAAACUGCCUGUGGCUGAAAAUAAACCCUGAGUCAUAUUGAAACAAACACACAUGCAGGUACUCUGGGCACAAACUCAUUCUGUUUCUGUAUUUAAUAAAGGUGAGGCAGGUAUGCAUUAUAUGUUCUUCAACUAUAAUAGGUACUGUAUAUUUAAUAUUUCCAAUGAAAGCCUGUAAAAGUUAGAUGCUAUCGCUGCUCACAUCUUGCUGGAGUAUUCUAGUUUCCUAAUGCCCCAUCCACCCUAAUGUGAAUUCUUUGCAAAACAGGUAUUUUUCUGUGUAUUUUGGCCUCUUGUCCAUACAUAAAAGGCAAUUUGGGAUAUUUUUAAUAAAACUUUCCUGAGUGUUUGGUUUGUAAAACUCUGGUUUGUGUAUAUCUGUCACAACAAGGAAAACAAUUAUAUUAGAAGAUAAAGGCCAUAUACUGUAGGUAUAUAGGUCAGUGUAUUACCUGCAGUAGAUUGAGGUCAGCACAGACACAUUGAGAGUAAAUGUAAAGAAGUCGUGUCAACAGCCCAAACCAACGCUCAAGGUAACUUCAUGACAGAUUAAAACCUCUGUGUCUGCAGUAUCCAAAAUAUAAAGUCCACUAGAAACAAUAGUUUGUCAGAACAUUUGUACCGGGUUGUAGGGUUGACAGAAAAUACUCGUUUAGAAAAACAUCUGUAUUAGUGUAGUAGUUGACAGAGCGUACAUCUUAAAUCCAAAGAUACUGAAAUUAAUCCCAAGUGUUUUAUUUGUCUUUUUUCAUCUCUGUACAACUUCAAGUCCCACAAAAAUAAUCAGCCUUUAAAAUCUGCACUAGGAACCACUUUUACUUGCUAUUCACUCACUGUUUAAAGAGCCUAAACAACAAAGAGGAGAUUUUUUCAUUUAGACAAAACCAGUGGUUAACAUUUUCCUGUAUAAGAGCAGCAUCCCUCUUUCAUUUUGUGCUGAGUGACACAGUCCCAUCACACUGUUCUGUUUAUAGUAUGACUGAAGUUGCAUUCUGGGUAGUGGACGUAUUCCUGGUCACAUCAUAAGAUCAUUUCUCCACUAUUGAAGUCAUUUAUAGACUUCCAGCUGAACCCAUGACAUUUAUUGAUAAUAUGUUAUCACUGCCUUUCUGAAGGGUGAACAGAUGGGCUGGUUUGUUUUUUUUUUGGUUUUUUACAUUUUCACCAUUUUUAAGGGCGUAUCAUAGAUUAAAGCUCGCGUUAACAUGUCAUCGUCUGAAAAACACGCUCCAUCUGACACUAAUGUUGAUUUCUUCUCCUGCUUUUUAUUUGAACACCUGAUGAACCUGUCAGAGUGAAUACGACUGGAAACAGCUACUCUUACUGUAAUUCAUACUACAUGAGGUACUGUCUUUUUGGCCUUUUAUGGUACAAAUGGUACUAUUUUCAUUCCUGUCUUCAAACAUGCUGAUGAAUGACAUUCUGCAUUCUUUUAGAAAUCAAUGUUAAUUUAUUUUCUUUGUCUCUGACUGUACCACAGGACACUGGGAUUGUAACCACAGCAACAUUAUUUAUUCUCUAAUCAUGCAUCUGUGUAUUUUCUUCCUUUGUAUAUGUUUUAUGAAUUUAUUUUUAUAACUGAUAUGUUUUUGUUUAUUCAUCAAUCUCAUGGUAGACAUUGUUGCCCAUUAGAGAUGAUUUUUUUUUUCUGUUUUGGCUAAAGAAACAGGAGUAUCUGUUUAAGGCAUGACGCUAUUAUUAUUUUUCCAUACUGUGAAUUAUUAUUAUGACUUUGUGGGAGAGAAACAGUUGUAUUAGCAGAACCUCUGAACAGGCUGAAACAUGUUUAGCUCUUAGACUGAUUCUUUCUCUUUUUUUUUCUUUUAUUUUUUAAUCGAUUGAGCAAUGAUCUUUGCUUGCCAGAUAAAAUCCUAUGAUAUAGAUUUGUAAUGAAGAUUGUCAGUAUUUUCAUAUCGAUAUGAUGUACAUUUUUAUCACAUGUAAUGAAAAUGUUUUAAGAUUCAACUGGAGAUGUAUAAAUAAAUAGAUGUAAACCUGUACUUGCUGAUUGAAGGAGCUGGAUAAAAUAAACUAAUAUGUAGCAAUC